UGACAAUGGACCUUUCUCAAAAGGUUCGCGACACGGCUGCACAAGAGCAGUUCAUCGAUCUGCAAGAAGACCUCAUCGCAAUAGCCGAAUGUACCAAGAGAUUAGCAGAAGAACGCAGGACGAUUAUGUGCGAGCGUGCCGAAGAGCGGGUUAUCUCUACUUUUGACCUCAUUUUAAGUCGUGUUCUGCAUCCGACAAGGCUUUUGUUGAAAGAUAGGGAGAGAGCUCUUCGCAA